CUGAAACUUUCCUGUGAGCGACUUGGCUUUUUAAAACGAUGACGGUGAUGAAUUAUUCCUGGCUUGGAAAGCGCUUUUGUCCUUCAAAGAUGAGGAUCUCCUGGCUGGAAAGCUGCCCUGGUGUCCUGUGGUGGGGAGACCAACCCUAAAGGUCAGGUUUGGAGGCGGUGGUUGGGGCUCGCAGGACAGCAGAGAUGAAGCACUGUUUCUACAAUGAGACCGUGGGGUUCUUCUACAACAACAGCCGCAAGGAGUUGACCACCUACUGGAGGACCAAGGAUGUUCUGGUGGUGGCCCUGGGCCUGACAGUGAGUGUCAUCGUGCUCCUGACCAACCUCCUGGUCAUCACAGCCAUCAUCAUCAACCGGCGCUUCCACUACCCCAUCUACUACCUGCUGGGGAACCUGGCAGCUGCUGACCUCUUUGCUGGCAUUGCCUACAUGUUCCUGAUGUUCCACACGGGGCCCAGGACAGCAGAACUCUCCUUGAAGACCUGGUUCAUCCGCCAAAGCCUGUUGGACACCAGCUUGACAGCUUCUGUGGUCAACCUGUUGGCCAUCGCCGUGGAGAGGCACCAGACUGUGUUCACCAUGCAGCUGCACAGCAAGAUGUCCAACCAGAGGGUGAUGAUCCUCAUCUUCUGCAUCUGGGUGACAGCUCUGCUCCUGGGGCUCAUCCCAUCCUAUGGCUGGCACUGCCUCUGUGCCCUGGAGAAGUGCUCCAGCAUGGCACCACUCUACAGCAGGAGCUACCUGACCUUCUGGGCCAUCUCCAACCUGGUCAUCUUCCUGAUCAUGGUGGUGGUCUACACACAUAUCUUCAUCUAUGUUAAGAGGAAGAUGACACGGAUGUCCAAGCACACCAGCUUCCACCCCCGCUACAAGGAGACCAUGAUCAGCCUGGUCAAGACAGUGACUAUUAUCCUAAGUGCUUUUGUCAUCUGCUGGACACCAGGCCAAGUUGUCCUCCUCCUGGACGGCCUGGGCUGCAAGAGCUGCAACGUUCUAGCGGUGGAGAAAUACGUCCUCUUGUUGGCUGAGAUCAACUCCUUGAUCAAUGCCAUCGUCUACUCCUACAGGGACAACGAGAUGAGAAGCACCUUCAGGAGGAUCCUCUGCUUUGUCUGCUACAGGAAUUCCAAGUACACCCCCACGGUGGUGAAGCUCAACACCACGGACCGCAGGACGCUCUCGCAGAACGGCCACUUCACCGUGGAUUCCUCCAUUUAAAGCUCUUCUGGGACCCACCAAGAUGGUGCCACCAAACUCUUAUCUCAGCAGAGGUGAAGAAGAAGCCUCUUCCAAAGCAGCUGAGACUUUAUGGGCUCAAAUGUUGACAUUUUAGGGGACGUUCUUGAAGGACAAGAUGCUUUUAAGGGGCUGCUGGAUGGGUCGGUUUAGGACAGAGGUGCUUGGAGUGGUGUUUUUAUUCCAAACUGCUGGUUCUGAUGCAAAUGGAGUGGGUCUGGAAGCAUCUAGAAGGAGUCUCAACAGGAAUCUCUCAAGGAGCAGAGUGUUUUCUUGGUCCUUCAGUAUUAGUCAUUCCAGGGGGAGCUCCAAAACUCUCCAGCUUUUCAUCUUGCCUCCUCAACAGAGCUGCUUGGUCUUCCCCUGGAGAGCCUUCUCCAGGUUGUUUUCCACCUUCUCCACAAACCAUGUUCUUCUGAGGGCCUCUUCUCUAGAGGGAUCUUCUGGAAUUGCUUCCCAAGGAGCAGAUUCCUCCUUUCCCAAGUGUCUGUUACUGAAUUCCAAAGUUUCUGGGCUCAUGGGAGGUGUUGAGGAGAGCACCAAGAGCACCAAAUUCUUUGCUAAAAUGGGGAGUGGUGCUGGUUGGGUUUGUGUUCUGAGUGACACCACGUGGGACACAUUCCCUGAUCCUCCCUGUGGAGUGAGUCAUGAUCCCAUGAAACCAUCUCCCUACUUCCAGGAAGCCCUUUGGGAUGGGUUUGGGUUGGAUCCCAAAGAAACCAGGGCUUUGCCUUGAGGUUUUCAAGUGUGUAACAUAACACUCAAGGGGCUGUUCCAAUCCAGGCUUUCACUAAGUAAUUACCAUUGGAAUAUUGUCUAAAUUGAUCAUUUGGGGAUUAAAAUUUGGGAUGGAAAAGAAAUCAGCCCCUUUGCUGUCAGAUGAUGAGGUUCUAGGUUGGUCACCUCAGCUGGUCUAGCAGAGAAGAUGAUUUACAUUUCACUCAGGUGAGGAUCUUUUCUUGCAGAACAUGGUCAGGAAGUGACAAUCUUAAGGUGCCAAACCCCUGGAUUGACUCCAUCCUGGAAUUUCAUUCCCAUCUCUGUG